UGGGAGGCUGCGACGCCGAGUUUCACUCCGGCUGCCUCCCGCUCGGAGUCGGAGCUGUAGUCGGUGGGUUCUUGCCAGGCCGAGCCAGAGCUGAAGCCGGAGGUCGGCGGUCCUCUCCACCUGUUCCCUCUGCUUUCCUCAGACUCGAGCCAGCUGCGGGUCGCCCGCGUUAGCUUUGCCUCCACGACGGCACAAAUACGAAUGUGUACAGAGGCAAGACUUUUAAGGAACUCUGUUUCUACAUGCCAUCCUUGGUAGUUCUGGAGAGCCCAGCGACGUGGUGGUGCACGCUCGUAGUCCCAGCACUUGGGAGACUAAGGUACCUCGGAAUUGGUGUGGCUGCGUCAGCAAGCCCUCAGAUUGCCCGGUUUUUGUUGUUUGCCGUUCAUAUCAAGAUGGGAACCCAGACAAGUUAUUGCUCCUGAAGAUCUGGUGUCUCCAUCAAGAGGGGACAGUUUGGUGCCAGCCCUUCAAGUGAGAGGAGGUUCCCUGGAGGUGCUGGGCAAUGAACCUGAGCCUGCAACCCAGAGUGGUCUGAAGUCUUCAGGGAAAGCAGAAGAUGGCCAUGGCCCCAAGCUCGUCUCUGCCACAGGUGUUCCCUAGCCCUGUGGUGGUGGCUGUGUGGGAAUGGCAGGAUGGGCUUGGCACUUGGCACCCCUACAGUGCCACUGUCUGCUCCUUCAUUGAGCAACAGUUUGCCCAGCAGAAGGGCCAGCGUUUUGGACUAGGGAGCCUGGCCCACAGCAUCCCUUUAGGCCAAGCUGACCCCUCACUGGCCCCUUACAUCAUCGACCUCCCCAGCUGGACUCAGUUCCGCCAGGAUACUGGCACCAUGAGGUCUGUGCGCAGGCACCUGUUCUCACAGAAUUCUGCCCCAGGCCAGGGCAUCAUCUGGGAGUGGCUGGGUGAUGACGGAUCUUGGAUAGCCUAUGAAGCUAGUGUCUGUGACUAUCUGGAGCAGCAGGUCGCCCGGGGCGUCCAGGUCGUGGACUUGGCCCCGCUGGGCUAUAACUACACAGUCAACUAUGCCACCCUAACACAGACCAACAAGACGUCCAGCUUCUGCCGGAGUGUGCGACGCCAGGUGGGGCCGGUGUACCCGGUGACUUCAAUCAUCGCACCCCCAGGCCACUCGGGACUCGUCUGCUCUUGCCAACAGUGCCUCCAUGGUAGUGGGACUGGCCCUGUGUCAGGUCGCUACCGCCACUCCAUGACCAACCUGCCUGCAUAUCCUGCCCCCCAAGCACCCCACCGGACCGCCACUGUUUUUGGGGCCCACCAGGCCUUUGCCCCAUACAAUAAACCUUCGCUGUCUGGGGCCAGGUCUGCACCCAGGCUGAACACCACCAACCCCUGGGGCACAGCCCCUCCCGUUCCUGGCGUCCAGUCCGUGUUUCACCCCAGCCUCUCCCGCCUGGGCCCACAGCUCCUGCCCAGAGGACCGUCCGCCUCCAGUGGAGCCAGGGGCUGUGGUACCAGGUCUCCGAGGCAAGGGAGAGUCAGCAGCAUUGGUGCCUCCUUCCCCAGCGGUCCCUCCUCCAGCAGCCCGGGGAGUGCCCCCACCACUGUGCCCGUGCAGAUGCCCAAGGCCAGCAGGGUCCAGCAGGCGCUUGCAGGCAUGACGAGUGUGCUGUCAGCCAUUGGACUCCCUGUGUGUCUUAGCCGCGCACCCCGGCCCACCGGCCCUCCUGCCUCCCGUCCGGCCUCUAAAGGUCACAGCUCAGUUAAGAGGCUGAGGAAAAUGUCCGUGAAAGAAGGGGCGCCUAAGCCCGAGCCGGAGCACGUGAUCAGGAAGUACACUGAGGAGCUGAGAGUGACCCCCGAUGAGGACUGUAUCAUCUGUAUGGAGAAACUGUCGGUGGCUUCUGGGUACAGUGACGUGACUGAGAGCAGGACACUCGGGCCCGUGGCUGUGGGCCGCCUCACCAAGUGCGGCCAUCGCUUCCACCUGCUGUGCCUGCUGGCCAUGUACUGCAAUGGGAACAAGGACGGGAGUCUGCAGUGUCCGUCUUGCAAGACCAUCUAUGGGGAGAAGACCGGAACACAGCCCUGGGGAAAGAUGGAGGUGUUCAGGUUCCACGCGUCUCUCCCAGGCCACGAAGACUGCGGGACUAUACUCAUUGUUUACAACAUCCCUCAUGGCAUCCAGGGGCCGGAGCACCCCAGCCCUGGGAAGCCGUUCACAGCCCGAGGCUUUCCCCGUCAGUGCUACCUGCCAGAUAGCCCUCAAGGCCGCAAGGUCCUGGAGCUCCUGAAGGUGGCCUGGAAGAGACGACUCAUCUUUACUGUGGGGACGUCCAAUACCACGGGCGAGACAGACACGGUUGUGUGGAAUGAGAUCCACCACAAGACCGAGAUGGACCGGAACUUGACAGGCCACGGCUAUCCAGACCCCAACUACCUGCAGAAUGUGCUGGCUGAGCUGGCUGCCCAGGGAGUAACCGAGGACUGUCUGGAGCAACAGUGAGCCUUUAGGCUGCCUCUGUCGACACCCCGACGGCCCCGGGGUGGGUGGGCGAGCAGGAAGGUGUGCCUUUGUUGAGAGGCAAGAAUGUUUGUUGGGGUGCAGGAUGUACCCCUCCUGAAGCUAGGGCUUCUCCCUGCCUCUCCUGCCACCCUCAUGUCUGGGCUGGGGUCUGCCUGGAAAAUGGGCACCCUCAGUGUUGUACUUGUGGAGGCUUAAGCUGGAGCUACCUCAGUGCACAGAUGGGAAGGGCCCUUCCAGCCUCUGGUGGGCUGGUGAGCCAGCAGGGGGUGAGCAGGGGCUACCCUCCCAGCUUCUGGUCAGCUUCUCAUACCUCAGAUUUUAUUUGCAAUAAAGACCCUAUAGCCAA